AUGAGUUCUCUCAAUAGCGAAUCAACUCAGACUUUUAGCGACUCUGCUGAUCUGCAGCGGCGCAUAGACCAGAUCAAGGCAGAAUACCGAGAGAACAGCCAAUUGGCUGAGCAGAGUGAGACCUGCACGGCAACGAGUGCAACAACAUUACCAACUCCUGGCAGUCUUGAGCUCACCGAAAUCAUCGAGGCCUUUUCCAACGCAUCCCUCGCCUCGUUGCCUGAUGCUCGUCUUAUUUUUGCCUGCUGCCGCCAACCGCGCAACACUGACUCUGCUAUGAUUCCUUUGCCGCACAAAGUUGGCGGGUGGAACAUGGUCGGUGUGAUACAGCGCACGCACGACGUGAACUUCACUCUGUGUGUUCCUCUCAACGACCCUCCCUGCGACCCGAGACCUACGCGGUCCAUACCUUUACAAGUUCGAUGCAGUGUUUACUACGAUCCUGCCGACGACAGCUGCGUUCUGGUCAACAAAUCGUGUGUAGAUUUCUAUCUCACCAGCUUAUGCUCUCCAACGAGCCGCCGGCGCCUAUCGUAUGACCAGACCGAGGUGAUCAAGCCCGGUAUGUGGAGAAUUUCGGCGGAGGUCAAAAACCUCACGACUGAGCAACAUCUCGUCGACUUCUUGAUGCAGCGGAGGCAAUUCACCAUCACUUUACUUGAAGGCCUGCCUAGCUAUUCAGCUACCGCCAAGCGCCUUGCCUCCGGCGAGGAGCAACAUGGUGCAAAGCGACGAAGACGGGAGAGGGCCGUGGCAGAAGUUGUUCUUGCCACUUCCACGGACUUACCACACAAAUCAACUGACGCCGCCGUUACCGAAGUUGCUAAAGGCCUCGGUCCCGCCAUUCCAACCUCGCGGAAGAUUGCUCGAGCGGGCGGUACACCACUUCUAGACCUCUCGGAUGGAGGAGUUGCCGUCGUCCGUUCUAAGCAGGUCAAGGACGACGAGGUCAGUUAUCUGCCCCUGGACAGAGAGGCCGGCGGGAUUUCUCGAUGCGGCAAUCAGACCACCUACAGAUUUCAUCGGCUUGAGCGAAUCGCUGAUACGCUGUCUGCCAGUCUCUUCACUGGCCGCCACUCGGCAUUAUCGGAAAAGGUUGUGGCGAAGGUGAUCAGGUACAAAGGCAAGACGGCCGAAGACCUGAUAAAAUGCGCAUCGAUCUGGAAACGAGAAAAGUCGUUCCUGGAAAAGCUACAUCACCCAAACAUAAUCUCCCUGAAGGCCUUCGACGGCCGCGUCUUUGCCAUGCUUGUCGAGCAGCUUCCCCCGCCCCUCCACCGCGGGUUUAGUUCGCCUUUCAAGACAAGCGACGCUCAAAGAAUACUCCAGGGCACGUCAUCCGCCUUCGCCUAUCUUGCGGACCAACGGGUCAUCCACAAUGACAUCAAACCAGCUAAUAUCGCCUAUUCGCCUGAGCGCGGCGCUGUUCUUCUCGAUUUCGGACUAGCUACGACGAUCGAUGAGAAGGAGCUGCCCGGUGGUACCCCUUGGUAUGUCCCGCCUGAUCUUAUUGUGCAACGGACACGAGGGGCCCCAGGCGACGUGUGGGCCUUGGGUGUCACAAUGCUCUAUGUGCUGGGAAGUAUUACUCUUCCGGAGAAGACAACAAGAGGUUGGCUCAUCCGUAACGUGACAAAUCGACAUGGGGAAGCUCGUGAGCGCUUGCUAGGCUGGCUCGAUAAUGUCGCUCGCGCUAGGGCCAAAUUAGAUCGGACCGAUAUGCUGGAAUCUACCGUUUUCCGGAUGCUCGAGCCCGGAAUCGAUUCUAGAAUCCAUGCCACACAGAUCGCAGCCAGCCUUGAGGAUUUGAAAGUAACCUUGGGCAGCAAACCUCACUUCUCAAACUUGCAACCGCACUCGGUCAGGGACAAGGAGAAACCAUCUGAGAAGGGGGAUCGCACAAAAAGGAAAGCUCGGCGGACAACUUCUGACUAG